AUGGCGCCAGCGCGCCGAUCUACGAGGUCGAAGGCGGAGACGGCGGGCAACAAAAUAGAAAUAGCACCAAAAGUUCCCGCUACACGUGUUGCCAAGAAAGCGAAAGUUACUGCGAAAGAGACCAUUGAAAAAGAGAUCGAGGAAAAGGAUGUACGGAGAUCUACGCGCACCAGGAAAGGAACAAAUGUUGAGCCAGAGGUGGAGAAAGUAGUAGAGGCCAAGGCUGGAGAUGAACAUGAGGCUGAGGAGGAGAACAAAGCAGGGAAGAAUGGAAUUGAAAAAGCUGACACCACACCUGCGGUCCCCGAACCUCAAGCUGCGCCUGUUAGCGAUGUUGGCCCAACCGUCCCGCUCGUAAAAGCUAAAGCGACACGAGGCCGUGCUGCGAAGGGGAAGACUACAGUUACUGCGCCAGUGGAAGAGGAGGUCGUUAUUGUCGAGGCUAUUAUUGCUCCUGCGACACCUGCCCCCACAUUAAGGCGGUCUACAAGAGGAAACCGCGGAGCAUCAGAAGCCCCUACAGAAGAUAAUAGCAUUACUAUGGCACCUACCGUAGAAAAGCCGAAACGUGGAAAGAAAGUCACUUCGGAGAUUUUCGAGGCUUCUGCCGUCGAAAGUGCUGCCGCCUCUUCAAGCGCUACGCCUCAUUGGGCUAAAAAGAGAGAAAGUAAGGCAGAGGAACAGACGGAGGUGAUUGUUGGUGGCCAAGGAGAGGAUGUGCUAGAAAAAGCCACAGCGAAAGGGAAAAAAAGGAAAGCUUCAGUUUCCAAAAAAGGGAGGGGCAAGGCGAAGAAAGUACACGAGGAGCUCGAAGCCGAGGAGGCCGAAGCCGAAGCCGAAGCCGGAGAGCCCGAGAUCGAGGAGCCUGAGGCCUCUGAGAACUUCGAAGUCGAGGAAAUUGCUACCGCCGUUAAAGAACCAAUCCCCACUGUUGAGGAGGAACCCACAAUCGGCAACGAUCCAGUAACAGAUCACGAAGUUGCCAAAGAAGAACCCAAGCACUCGACUAAAACAGCCAAGCCCUCUAAGAAGGCAACCGCUGCCAUGAAGGCCGCCGCCAAGAAGGCGAUAGUUACCAGGAAGUCCACAAGAGAUCGAAUUGUGGAGGAUAUCCCGAUGGCAAAUCCUCAAGUUAUUAUGGAAUCUUCCAAGGAAGCCAAUGACGAAGAGACAGUUCCAGAACCAGCAUCGGAGGUAUUGGGGUCCUCGCAAGCCACCGAAGUAGACGAUUUUCAUGGGGAGGGAACAAAUAAAGUACCCAAAGCUCAAGAUUCUGGAGUUUUUAUCGAUUCUUUUAGAAGUACUCAGGACGGAUCAGAGGCAAUCCCCAAAGAACAGAUUGAUAUUAAAGCAGUUGAACAAGAGGCGAAGGAAGACAGUGAGGUCGGAAUUAAGAGUUCUGAUAUCACACGCGGGAGUGCGGACUCUAUCUCAGUGAAGAACGCCGGGGACGAGAGCUCCAGCGUUGCUCUCAUGAACGAGAACCCCUCAUCUGAAGAAAAGACCAAAAAAGCCGAAAGUCACAUCUUUGCGGCUAGGAACGAGGACCCCAAGAAUCAGGCGGAAGAUGCAAUCGAAAAUAUAGUUGGAGCUGAUUCUCAAGCCACCAAUACCAACAAAACCAAAGUUCCCAAGCCUAAGAAGAAGUCCGCAGCUACUAAAAAGAAAGAGCGUGCAGCGGCAACCAAAAAAGCAAAAAGCCAACUUCAACCUGAAAUUGACGCUGAUGGUGAUGUUAAUGUUGACGCUGAGCCAGAAGCAGAAAUUGAUCAUAAAAGUGCUCCGUCAAGCUCGAGGAUUAUUGAUCCCGCUAUCGUCCUUGGUCCGAGAAAGAGCGGCAUUGCUAAGAAAGUCACAACAGUUAGAAGGGGAAGAAGUGCUGCGGCUAAACCGGAAAUCGUUGUGACUGAAUCUGCCCAAAAGGAUGAAAUCUUGUCCGAUCACGGCAAGGAUGCAGAGCCAGAGAUUAUUGGCAAGAAGCCGAAGGCCAUCCAGGAAACUGAACCAAUUGAUGUCGUAUCUGAAGGAACAUCACUUAGGCAGAGCUCAAGUGAAGCAGUUACUCGAAUGAGCGAAGAUGUUCAGAAUGAAACGGUUCACGAGGAAAUCCCUGGGAAACCCUCCGAGGAGGUUGUUAGCGCGCAUGAUGAGGAUGAAGAAUUCGCUUUACCAAUGUCUAAGCCAAUUAUUCUUUCCCCGACUAGAUUCACUUCACCGGAUCCCAAUUUAGACCCCAUCAAGAGUUCAGUACCUUCAUCGCCGGUCACUUUUAGUGUAUCUCAUCCACAGCUGCACUCUUCACCACUUCGUAAUGCUAGUCAAGAACCUAUUCUUGCCUCUCCAGGAUCAGUCAGCACGCCUAGAGGCCCUUCGCCAAUCAAAAAGUGGGCAACACCUAAUAAACAUACGCCGAGUCGUCUUUCUCAGAGUGGAACCCCAUUCAAGAAUUUGGAAGACUCGAGAGAUAUCAGGAAGGUCGCCAGCACCCCUACACGAGUGCUCAAUGUCGACGUUCAAAGCAGCCCAGUUAUGAUGCCGCCCCCAACGCCGGAUGCAGUUUCUGGUGAUGGAAGAAGUCCAGUCAAACAAACACCAACCAAGGAGUCGCUGGUAGGCGAUGUUGUUCUGAGCAAUGCGAAGGUCAAUUUGGAAAUGGAAAAUAAAGGGCAUAUGAAUUCAAGCCCCAUCAAAAACCCGACACCUAUAAAAGCGGACUCUUUUAUUCGAUCUUCCCCGGCUGGUCGUUUAAGCUUUGCCGAAGACCUCCCUAGCCCAGCUGCGAGGAGAUUGGAGAGUGGAAUUCCUCUUUUGAAGAGCCCAGUCGCGUCUAGUUCCUCAAUAAGCAGUCCUAUUAAGAAGACUAAGCUUGAUUUUUUGAAAGAUACGAAGACCUCAGCACUGAGUUCAUCACCAAGUUGGAACUUGUCUUUCACCUCGGAAAAUGAUGAAGAUGACGAUGAUAAUGUUGGUGAUGAUACAUUUGCUGAUCGGGAAUCAUUCCACGAUGUUGAAGAUCUUGUUGAUAAGCUCGAUGAAGAAGAAGUCUCUACGGAAUCUAUUCAUAAAGAGAUUGUUGACCAGGAGGAGACAUUUGUGGAGAAGCCUGCGGCUGUUUCACCUAACAUUCUCCCCGAGGAAGACAAAAAAGAGGUUGACGACAGCAGAUCAUCUAACCUGGAUGAAAGUAAGUUGUUUAAAUUGUUUGAUAAGGCUAAGAAUACCGUUGGGCGAGAGGAGUCUACGCCUUUGGUACCCGAAGUAAAGGGCGACAUUGCCGAGUGUGACCUUACAUUCACUGCGUCUGACAAUGAUUUUGACGAAGAUAUCCCGUCCUCUCCCUUAGAUGAAUCCCCACUUAAACUUCAAGAGUUUUCUUAUGAGCCUACUGCAAGCAUCUUUCCUCCUAAACCAGACUGUAGCAAAGUAGAGGGAGAUGAGGAGGAAGAGGAGGAAGAGGAGGAGGAAAGCGACACUGAAGUUUUUUCUCCGAUCAUGAUUAAUAACCAGUCGGCCCGGAAAGAAGAAGAAGACACGGACUGGGGUGAAGACGAGGAAGAUGGUAAAGGGAUGAAAUUCCACUUGGAUCCCGAGAGCACCGGGGGACGCCUUCAGGAAUUUCGUGCCUCAUCGCCUCCAAACUUUUGGCGAGCCCAAGAGUCCAAAGCUACUAAUUUCUCUCCAAGUCCAUCGCCUAGAACAGCUGAUCAACCGGGCGAUGAAACCGAAUUUGAAAAGUCAUACGCUCGUGGCCAAGAGGAAGUGGAAGAGGUCCAAACUGCACUAGGCGACGACACCUUCGAGCAAUCAUAUAUCCGUGGUCUUGAUAUUGGCUCUGAUAAAUCAUACGAGGGUGUCAAUCUAUUGCCUGACGAAGAGGCUCAGAAGACACCGGUAGAUAUGGAUAAUACUUUCGAGCAGUCCUAUAUUCGUGGCCUAGAUAUGGGUUCCGAUCAAUCGUACGAGGGUAUCAACCUACUACCUGAUGAAGAGACCAAGAAAACACCAAUAGAUGUGGAUGAUACAUUUGAGCAGUCAUAUGCCCGUGGUGUUGAUAUUGGUUCCGAUCAAGAGUACGAGGGCAUCAACCUAUUGCCUGACGAAGAGAAAGGCGAGGAGAUUGGAGAGGACACUCAAUUUGAGAUGUCGUUUAUGCGAGGAGUGGAAGAAGAGAAGGAAGAAAUCAAGAAGGAGCAGGUAGAGAGAGAGAGGGAGGAGAAGAUAGCCAAGGGCCGUAAGCGGUUCUUGGAGGAACCGCAGGAGGAUUUUCAAGCUCUCAAGAAGAGCAAAGGAAAGGACGGUCGUCGUCGUCUAACCUUCCAUCCUGAUGAACCGGUGUCGAAAAAGACCAGCAAGAAGCCUCGGAGGAUGUCGGAUAGCACUUUACCAGACCGUCAGUAUUACCUCAAAAACUCUCGACCAGACGAGGUCCAGACCAACUGGGAGGAGCACAUCAGGCGCGUGAGGAAGGAACGCGUCGCAGUCUAUAAGAUUCAGAGAGCAUAUCGGGCUUAUAGGGCUGCGCGUGCUGAAGCUACAAAGGCAUCUACUGGGGAUGGGAUCCCGCACAUCGAAGAAGGGAGUGAAAUCUCACCAGUCUCAAAGGUGGAUGAGAACCCACCCGUUACAGAAGUGGGUGAAAUCCCACCUAUCACAAAAGGGAGUGCUCUUCAUCAUCCUCCUGUUCGUCCAUCAGUGCCCCCAGAGAGAAAAACUCGUCGAUCCCAAGUUCCUCUACCUGCCUUUUCAAGCAUACCACCCCCAAGUUCCGGAAUUCCACGAAUCAAGAGGAAGGCUGCUGACGGCCUUGAAACUGGGAGGCGGGUCACUAAAUCUAACAUCCCUGUUUCGAGUAGCGUCUCGAUGCCUGAUCUAAUCCUAGCGAUGUGCAACCGCCACACAACUCAGAACGGGUUGUUCUCAGUGGGUAUUAAAUUCAAAACUAUUCAAAAACCCUUCCCUCGCCCCAGUGAAGCGGCCCUUGAUGCUGCCACCCGGAAAGCAGCCCAGGAAUCAAAGGAAAGGCGCUGGGGACUAAUGCAGGAAACUGGCUGCAUGCUUCAUCCCGGAGAAGAGGAGGAAUGGGUGAAUAACGAUAAUUCGAAGGUCCGAUGGGACCCGGAAUUAGUCUAUAUUUGUGAUGAUGAAGAAGGGGAGGCUCCACCAAAAGAAAAUACCAAGAAGUUUCCAGAGCGUGGUGUUCUAAAGGCACUGCCUCCGUUGACAAUCCAUGGAAACUGGGUUCCAGCUCCUAAUGCCCCUCCUCUCCAAAUUUCGAGGGAACCUGUGGAGGUAUCAAGAGUACUAUACUUAGGAGAGCAUGACCAAAAGGAGCCUGUAUAUGGGAAGAAGCCCAGAAAGUAA